AUGGUCAAAAAGCGAGCGUCCAAUGGCCGCAACAAGAAGGGCCGCGGUCACGUUAAGCCGAUCCGCUGCUCGAACUGCUCUCGCUGCACUCCCAAGGACAAGGCAAUAAAGAGAUUCACAAUCCGGAACAUGGUCGAAUCGGCUGCCAUUCGUGAUAUUUCCGAUGCCUCUGUCUUCCCCGAGUACACCGUCCCCAAGAUGUACUUGAAGCUGCAAUACUGCGUCUCCUGCGCCAUCCACGGCAAGAUCGUCCGUGUCCGUUCGCGAGAAGGCCGCCGCAACCGCGCUCCCCCACCACGUGUCCGAUACAACAAGGAUGGCAAGAAGGUCAACCCGCAACAGGCCAACGCCAGGCCAGCUGCUGCUGGAGCUGCGCCGGCUGCUACCUGA